UAAUGGGAGAUCUAAGUGACCUCGAUCCACUGUGGCCCGCUCCUCUUCAUCUUCUGUCACGCGCCCCUGUGCCUCAAUUCCUCUCCCUUCCCAUUCUUCUUCCUCCUCUUGGCGAUCAUCUCCUGUUAACUUUUUGCUCAUUUCUUGCCUGGUGUUUAUAUAUGGUCUACUCUUCUCUGCGGUCUGCAGUGUACGACAUUGUAGAUGCUCUGUGUCUCUGGUAUAAAAUCUUUGUUAUCGCCACCCUUCCUUCUUCUUCCUUAUUUGUUAGCCGAGAAGUACACGGGAGGCAUGAAGAGGAGAUGCGCACGGGCCGCGUUGGUCGCAUGCUUAAUCUUGUUCGUCGUCGCUGGUUCUUGCCGCGGCAGGAAGCACAGUGGGCGCCGCCAUCACGCAGGGCGUCGGCUACCACUGCCGGCGCACGGGCUGGCUUAUGCCGACGUCGCCGCCAUCCUCCGGCACGGCCUUGGCGGCGGCGGGUAUAGGACGCCGGCCGCGGAGAAGAGCGAGAGCCUGGUCGACGACGACAAGCGGCUCGUGCCGACCGGCUCAAAUCCGUUGCAUAACAGGUGAAGGACUAAAUAGAGGAGAUCUCACGAUCAUAAUAUUUGAUCAAAGAUCAAGAAGAUUAAUGAGAUAACGGUGCAUAUUGACCUGCUUGUAGAUCUUUCACUUCCUCUCUCUUUUUUUGUUUGCGCAUGGAAGGAUUGACUGAAGAGAGCUCGUUUUUGUGCUUGAGGAUAAUUAUAUCUUUCAGUUUCAGAUUU